AUGUCGAGAAAGAGCAGCGGCUUCGGAGUUUCGACCCCGCGGGUGUUGGAGUUUCGCCGCGCUCCGAGAGACUGUGAGGUACUCAAGGACACGCUUUCCUCUCCCUCUCCGCUCAACGGAUCGUCGUACUGGUUGAGGAGAGCAGGAUUGACAGAGGAAGAUUCAGACCGUUUCCAGAAGAAGAUGAGCUACAAGACUGAAGCAAAGCAUAGAAGGGAGUACUCGUUGUCUGAGAUGGAAGAAAGGCUCAACGAUCAGAUUGAAAAAGAAAUCAUUUCUCUCAGCCCACGUGCUCAUACUCUUCUGGAACUUAUCAAGCAAAGGCAAAACUCGCAAACUAAAGAAAGCCACAAGGGAGUUGUUCACUUCUAUCCCUUCACUGCGACAGAAAGGUUCAAACUGAACGGAAGGGAUUAUGGCAUCAAGCAGUUCAGAGCACAAAACAGCUUCACCAUCCCCAGACGUGAAAGUCAGUAUCUCUCGCCCCUAGGACUUCCGUUCGCUACCGGGGGAAAUUUGCAAGGAGAGCGAAAAUCAAACCUGCGAUUUGAGUAUCCCAAGGUAGCCUUUACUUUGACAUGUUUUGCACUUUGA